AUGGCCAAAAGACUCUUGAAAUCCCGGCAGUUUAGCUGCUCGGAGCUACAAGAUGGAGCCGUGGCUGUGGUUCGUGCGAAGCAAGAGACAAUGAAUGAUGACGAGUUGGAACAAAAUAUCAAGGCGAUCGAGACCCCAGAGAAAGCUGCAAACAAGAAGUUGGGUGCUGUUCCAGAGGAGGAAGAGCAGGAAGAGGGUGAUAAAGAGGACGAAGAUGAAAUGGAAGAACAUGAGGACGAUGAGCAGCCAGAGGAUACUGAAGAGAACCAGGACGAGGAGGAAGAGCAGGACGAGGAGGAAGAGCAGGACCAGGAGGAAGAACAGGAAGAGGAGGAAGAGGAGGAAGAGGUCGAAGCUUUGAAGCUUCGCUCCUCGACGCCCGCGAGCUCUUCGGCGGCGAAGACGAAGCAGAAAGCCGAGGUGCAUGACCGUUGGGCAAAAGGAGGGGAGGUUCGUAAGGCCUUGCUUAAGGAGCUCGAGGCUGCUGACUGGGACAAGGAUUGCUUCGUGAGCCGGGUGACAAAGACUUCCGAAAGGGUGUCAAAGGCUUGCUCGCACCGCAAGCGCGGAUGGUACACAGAGGAUGGCAUGCACACCAUCCUGAAAUGGAGCAAGAAAGACCGCUACAACAAGAAGCUCUUGAAGUACUAUGUGACAUACAACGAGGAUGACUCGGACAAUGACAUGCAGAUCGACACCGAAAAACACGAAGAAUCCGAGAGUGGGAAGAAGAAGCUUGGUCUCAAUGGCCCCGCGGGCGGUGCCUUGGAGAAGGUGCCCACCAUGUCGGACAGUGACCAGGAGAGCGAGGAGGAAGAGAAGGAGAAAAGGAGCAAUGAGCCCACCCAGGGCCAGCAGGAGCUGAGUGCAUUUAAGAAGUUCUCUGACUCGCUGCUCUCGCGGUCCGCCAAGCUGCACAACCACCUCGCUGAGCUAGAGGAGUACAUCCCCGAGAUUGCCGAGGGUGCAGACAAGAAGAAAGCCCAGAAGUCUGCCCAGGGAUUGGAGGCCGUCAUCGCCAUCCUGGAAGAGGAGAAUGAGAAAAUGGAGACAUGUCGAGCAGAGUGCUCGCAGCUCUCCAACAAGUCGAUUAGUGAUGACGACCUGAAGAAGCUUGUGAAGAAGCUGGAUGGCCAAAUGCAGUCAACCACAGUUGCGACAAUUGCUCUUGUUCCUGAAUCACUGAAGACCCUGGGCCUGCAGUCCAAAGUUCAGGGAGAAACAGGAUCCAUUGUGGAGCCUCUUCCAGCUUGCAGUACCAUCCAGUCCACCAAGCCUCCCGAGCUGGAGAAGGAUGUGGUCCGAUCUAUAUCACAGAAGCUUCUUGAUCUUGCAGACGGCUUUGCUUGCCUACCUAGUGAAUGGGAAGCCCUGAAGUGUUUUGGGAUAAAGAACAUGUCCCCAUCAAUGAAGAUGCCACCGCCUACGUGUGGCAAGAUCCUCCUGCGAUGCAAGAACCAUGCUUCGGCCUUCCGUGAGCACAUGGGUGUGCAGCUGUGUGUAUUCAAGAUCGGUGUGACUGCCAAUGUCGCACGCCGGUAUGCUGACUAUGUAAAGAAAGGCUUCACAGCCAUGUGGAUCCUACAUGCUGGGGACGAAGUCGGCUUGAUACACAUGCUGGAGGCCGCAAGCAAGCACGUCGUGGAGAUUGCGGUGGCUGCUGUGGCAGAGGAUCCAGAGCGGGAGCAUCCCCCUGCCCUCCGAGAGUUCGCUUCUUUGUCUUUGAAGGAUUCCGAAGCAGGAGUGCAUCGUGUUUUCAGGAAGUAUGGCCUAGCUGCAGAUUUGCCUUUGAGAAGGACUGGCAUUGGGCCGGGCCCACUUCAGGCAUUUCCAUACUUGAAGUUUUCUGACUGGGUUCGGUAUCUCGUGGAGCGGGGGCAGCUUGGUCAGCUGUGUGGGACGAAUGAUAUUCAGCAUAUGAAUGUGCUGCUUUCUGAAUUCUGGCGCAGAUACAAACUAGUCGAGCCCGAUUAUGAACUUUGGGCCUUGGAAAGGGCCGGCAAAAUCGACUUGCGAUUUUGCCUGCCAAUCUACAGUCAUACUGAUGAAGGCAGAACGCUGAAGAAAAGACCGAUUUGGAUCUUGUCAUGCCAUGGUGCAUUAGGCACAGGCACAUCCAAGAGCAAAAGAAAUGUGCCGAGCCCGCCCCAACAGAUCGACAAGGAUGGCAUGUGCCUCAACUUUUCGGGCAACACUUGGGGGACACAGUUUUUGGUGUCUGUGAUGACAAGGUAUAUGCAGAACAACAACCCUGGCUCCAUGCAGAAAAUUGUCAGACUUUUCGCCCAGGACAUGCAGAUGCUAUGUUCGGAAGGAAUUACGUCUUCGGAUGGAUCCUUGAAGAUAUGGUGUUGUCAUAUCGCAACAAAGGGGGACCUGCCAGCCCUGGUUCGUUUGGGUGGGCUGGAGCGCAACUACGCUCGAUGCCCAAAGGCACCGAGCAGCAAGAAGAACUGCAUUGGAAUCUGCCACCUGUGCCAGGCGGGUGUGGAAGGACCGAACAAUGCAAGCCGCCAUCCAUGGGAGGACUUCCGCGAUGGGGCAUCAUGGCGCAACACACUUUAUCGUGAGGUUCCUUGGGAGUCUGAGCCUGAGAUUCUCACUGGCAUCCCCACAGUUCGUGGGGCACAGGAGUGCUUUUUCACUGUGGAUGUUUGGCACGCAUUUCAUUAUGGGGUUGCAAAGUACUACGUGGGAUCGGCCAUGAUUCUGUUGAUUACUCAUUUCUUUGAUGACCCGUCCUGGGACGCCAAGUUUGCUCGCUUAACAAGCUUGUACUUUCAGUUCUGCAGGGCUGAGAAGUUGACACCGUACAUCCAGGAGAUCAAUCGCGAUACUUUCAGUUUCGAUUCAGAGAAAUCAUUUCCAGUUGGCCAUUGGGCCAAGGGAGCAGUCUCCACCAAUAUGAUGAUGUUUUUGGCGAAGCUUUUGGAGGACUAUGUCGUGGGCCAAACGGAGGAUGAAAUCUUUCUCAAAAUUGCGCCUCACUCGCAAGGGCAGUGUACACUGUGCUGUUUCGAACAGUGA